GCUUGUUCAUUUGCACCAAAAUGACCAUGGAGGUUGCGGGAUGGCGUGACCUCGACUUGGGCCAGGAAGCUGUGUCGCUAUCGUCCCUGCCGACUCUGGCCGGAGGAUCCAGAACGAUCUCGGAAUGUGUGAGGACGUUGCCCAGACCAACGCGGCUGUACGAAGCGGGACCAGCGCUUUUGUUCCUGUACGGGAGGAGGAGCCGGUCCUUCAAAGGAGUACUGGUGUGCCUGAACUCCAGCACGGACGGGGGCGCAUCUCCACAUUUGAAGGUUUUGGAGCUGACGCCUUUUGCGAUUGGGGUGGGCGAAGCGACCAUGGGCUUGUUCGAGGGGUCGCACGAAGCCUGGGACCAGUUUCUGGUGGCGGGCGGCGGUUCACUCGCCGGCAGGUGUCCUGAUCUUGGGUGCCGCGGCGUUGCAGGCACGGAUCUCACGUUGAUAUCGAGGCCAUGCGCCGGGAUUCGGCACUCGGUCCUAGAGGGGCGCGGUGACGUGCAGAUGUCGGUGUCGUUCUUACCAAGGUUUACGACUAUUGGAACCUUACAAACAGCGCCAGCCUGGGUACUAGGGACAUCACCGGAGGAUGGAGCCCCCGACACGGUGGAACCGUGGGAUGGCGACGAUAGCGCUCUUACAACCGACGAACCAGCGGCUAAUGCUCGACGGGUCCGACGGAGGAGCUCAAUGACCACCCAGGAAAACGGCGUGACUGACAUUUACAAGGGAGAUGUAUCGUACGUACCCUUGGCAUGGCUCCGUUGCUCGCCUGUCGCAAGUGACUGGAUUGCAGGAUCAAUCCUGUGCGGACUGCAGUCUAAGCGCGGCAGACUGAUCAUGGUUGUCUACACCUCGACGGCCACCGCCUGGGUGUGGUUCGAAGGCGAGAGACGUGAGUCAUCGGUUGUGAUGGCAGCGUCCACGUUUUUGUUGGGUUCACUGUUUCUGUGGAACUACCAGGCGGUUGCCAGAGCCAUUUCUCCCUUCGGCAACACCCGCGACCAGCUGAUUACUCUCAUCUUGGCGUCGCUGUCGUUCUUCUACUCCAUCCUCGCCGGACUGUACCAUCCUAGGGGAAUGCUUGGUGGGGAGGUGUGGUGGCCCACUAUUGCGAUGGUGCUUCUAGUUUGUCUCCUGUCCGUCACGGCCCGGGAAUGCCGCAGACGCGAUAGGAGGGUCGACGCCAAGUCGUGGAUCUCUCUGUGCCGUCGGGGGGCAGUGGAUUUCCAGGAGGUUGGAUGCCUCUUCGCGAGGUGCUGAGGGGCUCAGGUGCUGACUCCAGGGGCUACUACGAUACCAUAGGUGGUACGCAGCGUACUGCGAGGCUACAAACAAACACCCCGAGGGGUCAGCAGGUGACCUUGGAGAGCUCGGGCUGGUCGCAGGGGGAGUUGUCCCUGACAGGAGAGGAGGCCUUUGCACGGUGUGGUGGCACCGACCCAACCUUGGACGCGUGGCUCGCUGCUUUUGUGGGCGAAGUGUUUGAGAACGCGUUCACUCUCUUCAACCAGGGGCCCGCGGUAGUCGGCAGGAUAAACGCAUGCUUGGCGGGGUUGGCUGCUACCACAUCCAAACCGCCCAGUUGGGCGGAGGGCAUUGUGACGUUGUCACAAGUCUACGCCCACGAU